CUCUCGAGUACUAAUUCGGCGCUGGAAGGGCUUCCGAGAGCUUGGGAGGGCAAGAGCGGGCAGGAGAGGGCUUCUUUCUUUCUUCCUUCCUUCUUCCAUCCACCCAGAGGGGAAAGGCAUGCCGGCAAAGAGGAGGAGGCGGGCGAGGAGAGCUCGGUGGGCGACGCUGCUGCCAGGCUGAGCCCCCCACAGCCCACCAUGCUCCGGGGCUCCUUCCAGGUCGGGCACCCUCCGCUUUCUGACUCCGGCAGGGACCGCCUCGGAGACGGAGGCAGCUAGCGGGUUCCUCGCUUUCCCAUCUCGAGAUAUGGAAGAACAAGAUACAGAGGCAAAGGCUGGAUUCCAACCCUAGCAGUCUGCGCCCUUCUCUCUCCCCACUGUUCCAGCUUCAAGCUUUCUGUGGACUUCACUGUUUGCAAGGAAGACUGUGGAAAGGCAUGAAACUUCAGGUCACUGGACUGCAGACCAUGAUAUCCAAGGAACAGACCCCACAAAACAGCAAUACGUGCAAGGUGUGCACACUUGGUUCAUGAGAUCAGCUUAUGAAGAGACCAGUGUAUCCAGUGAAUGUAGCAGUGAGAGCUGAAUGCUCAACUGAAGCCUCUAAAGGCUUAAGUGAUAUUUAUCCAGCGGUUCAUUAGACACAGAGAUGAAUAACUCAACGAACAUAAGCUCUUUGGAGGAUGUGAUGGCCUUGGCGAGUCCAUAUAAAACUGUUGAGGUGGUCUUCAUUGUCCUGGUGGCCGGGUCCCUCAGCCUAGUGACCAUCAUUGGAAACAUUCUGGUUAUGGUGUCCAUUAAAGUAAACCGGCACCUGCAGACAGUCAACAAUUACUUUCUUUUCAGCUUGGCAUGUGCUGAUUUGAUCAUCGGUGUUUUCUCCAUGAACCUGUACACUCUUUACACUGUGAUUGGCUACUGGCCCUUGGGGCCUGUGGUUUGUGACUUGUGGCUGGCUCUUGACUACGUGGUCAGCAAUGCCUCUGUUAUGAACCUGCUUAUCAUCAGCUUUGACAGAUAUUUUUGUGUCACCAAGCCUCUGACUUAUCCAGUCAGGCGGACCACUAAGAUGGCAGGUAUGAUGAUUGCAGCUGCCUGGGUUCUGUCCUUCAUCUUGUGGGCCCCAGCAAUUCUCUUUUGGCAGUUCAUUGUAGGGGAAAGAACUGUUCCUGAUGGAGAGUGCUAUAUUCAAUUCUUGUCCAAUGCAGCCGUCACAUUUGGCACAGCUAUUGCUGCUUUCUAUCUGCCUGUCAUCAUCAUGACUAUUCUCUAUUGGCAAAUAUCACGUGCCAGUAAGAGCAGGGUUAAGAAAGACAAAAAGGAGGAUCCAGCUUCUCCAAGUCUGGUCCAAGGUAAAACAGGGAAACCAAACAAUAACAACAUCCCAACCAAAGUAGAUGGUAUAGAACAUAGCAAAAUUCAGAAUGGCAAAGCCACAGGGGAAUCAGUGGUAGAAAAUUGUGUUACAACAGAGGAGAAGGAAAGCUCCAAUGAUUCCACCUCUGUCAGUGCUGUCGCUUCCAAUGUAAAAGAGGAUGAAGCCAUUAAAGAGGAUGCAAGGGUUUCUGUCUCCCAAGUCAAUACCAAAGUGGAAAAUUCCAAACUGACAUGCAUCAGGAUACUCACAAAGUCCCCCAAAGGUGACUGUAGUAGCUCUGCCAACACCACCGUGGAGAUUGUAGGCCCCGAUGAACAAAAUGGAGAUGAGAAGCAGAAUGUUGUAGCACGUAAGAUUGUCAAGAUGACAAAGCAGCCUGCCAAAAAGAAGACACCUCCUUCCAGGGAGAAAAAAGUUACCAGGACUAUCUUGGCUAUUCUCCUGGCCUUCAUCAUUACCUGGACACCAUACAAUGUGAUGGUUCUCAUCAACAGCUUCUGUUCAGCUUGUAUCCCUAACACAGUAUGGACGAUUGGCUAUUGGCUGUGCUACAUCAACAGCACCAUUAAUCCUGCCUGUUAUGCACUCUGCAAUGCUACCUUCAAGAAAACCUUUAAGCACCUCCUAAUGUGUCAUUACAAGAACAUAGGUGCCACGAGGUGAAACCAUAACUGCAGAGGAAAGGGGAGGAAGAAAGUGUCAAGUUUUAUAAAACAAUGCCAUAGCACUUUAUGCUCUAGUACAAAAUCAAAAAGGCUAGAGGACACACUGGCAGCGAUGGGUGGGCUGUGUGUGCUCCAUCUCUGAAUCUGCACUUCUCUGUCAGUGUGGCUUUUGGGGGACAGAAAAUAGCCAAUGGGCCAGAAAAAGAUACGUUUUUGAGGCAGGGCCCCCUGUUCUCCAGUUGUCUCAUGUAGAAGGGCUUUUGAAUUCAUUCUUCUUUGGGUACAACCUCCAUCCCUGAGAAGUUAUCUAGCCUGAAGGCUAAUUUGGGUUGGCACUUUGCAAAAGAUGGAGUUGUACAAAAGCACUGGUGUUUCAUCAAGCCGAAAAGAACCUUGGAUGGGUUUUCAGUCAAUUCUUCUGGCAUGUGAGUUGCCAAAUUUGUUUCUCUGUGUGUGUGUGUGUCUAUGUUCAUCGGAAAUAUGGUUCAAUGGUUUUGAAAUUCUUCAAUCAUAAAUAUUCUAUGUGGACAGUACAAGAGACAGGAAGAGCAAAACAGCAGAACAAGCCAAUCAGUUGAAUAGCUUCCAAAUAUUUUUUUUAACAGAAGUGGAAUGGGGUUGACUGUAGAAAAGUAGAGAAUCUUAGUGUUAAUCUUUACCUCCCCUCUGCUACUUAGCUCUACAUCAGAAAAACAGUACCUUACCACAUAAAAAAUAGGGUGUCAGGCAAACCUUUAAGCACAUGUUCUCCCCUUUUAAGUCAGUAGGACUUUCAAGAGCUGGGAUUUGGCAAGAGGGCAACUAUCAGUGAUCAGGAAAGAGGUGGCUUAUGUUAACUACUUCUUCCUCUCUGGAUGGUUCAGAUUUUCUAUCUGAUUGGGUCAACACUCACUGGUAGUCAAAUUGAACAGAGAAGAAGUAGGAACUGGAAAUUCACUUUUUUUUUUGUUUGAUAGACCACAGGAAUAAUCUGAAGAUGAAGUGGAUUAGAGAAGUCAGAGAACAAAGAUUUCAGGACUGUCUACAGUACAGGACUAUCUACAAUAGCAUUAAAAUAGAUAAAUUGCAUGGGCAUUAUGUAAACCAAGGCAAUUAUGCAAAUGAUAAUGACUUUACUACUAAUUUGCAUAUGGAUGGAAGCUUCCUAGGCAGAUAUUCCUUGCAGUUUCCAAUUAAUGUCUGGUAAAUCAUAUAAUUGGAAGGAAUCGCAAGGACCAUUUAGUCCGAGCUACAGCCAGUACUAGAAUCUGCAGCAAAGACUCCCUCAUUCAGUUUUCACCCAUCUAAAGAUCGUAAGCCCACAACAGGCCUUGAAGCAGUAAACUGAGGAAUGUCCGGCAGUGAGAAGGGAUAUGUCUCUCAGUUUUGACUUUUCUCAGUUUCUCAUUUUUUUCAAGCCUAAAUUGGACUCCUCUAAAACUUUGAGAAAUUUUCCCAUCUUAAAUUUGAUUCACCAUAAAUUCUGGGAUAUGCAUAUUUAUACAUUCUAUUUCUUAUAUACAUCAUAUUUUGCCGAAUUCACAGAAUUUAUACAUGCUGUCUUUCUAAUACAGUGCAUUCUUGAAUGUUAUUUCAACCAAUUUAUACAUUUCUGUGCACACUUUUCUGUGAUAUAUAUAUAUAUAUAUAUAUAUAUAUAUAUAUAUAUAUAUUGUGUUCCAAUCACAAAAUUAUAUUACCAAAUUUGGAGAAAUGUGAGUUUUGUAGGCCAGUGAAGCUACAGUUAAAAUAUCAAUUUGCAAGCACAGAAUUAACAGGGCUUUCAAAAUGGCUGUUUUGGACUGCUUAUUCUGGCUGGAAUAUUUGAGAACUGUCACCCCAAAAUACAUUUUCUCAAACUUUGGAAAUUAGAUACGUUCACCUUAAAAUGGAAACUCAAUAAGUUUCUCCCCAUUCCAAUCAGGCAAAGUAGCCACAAACAGAAAGUGCAUUUCACCAAAAAGGAAAUUGAUUGCUUAAAAAAAUAUACAAGUAGGUCAAAUAUUUGCAUAAAUUUGCACAUGUUGUAUGUGUAUUGAUAGGCAUAUAGAAAGAAUUUUUAUAAUUUAAAUAGAUUAUUUGCUAACUGAACCUCAGGUGGGCAGCUUUCUACUUAGAAGUCUCAUUCCUAACAGAUAGAUAGAAUUUUCAAAAAAUAUUUGAAAAAUUGUUUGAAAAAUGGGCUUUCCAGGUGUCAGAAAACUUUGCUGAGUAAAAGCCUAAAUGGGCAAAAUUUUUCAUAGUUCGUGAAAAUUGUAUGUAGGUUUCCUUCUGCACAGAAAGUUGAAAUAUGUUUAUUUCUGUGCAGGAAACCUGAUUUCUGAGCAGAUAUAUUCUCUUAGCAGACACGCUUUCCAUCCAAAAGGCUAGUUUCUGCACAGCAAGUUUGCUUUUAAAAUAAAUUAAAAUAAAAGUUUCAGACAUUACCUGCCAAAUAUAGUAAAUACAGCAAUUUCCAACAGAGGGGAAACCUAUUUUUUCCUGUCCAGCACAUGAUUUUUAAAGCUAAGAAGUUUCUCCAAACAUGACUUUUACCAAAUUCAAAUGUUUAUGACCUUUGGAUGGACAAAUAAUCAGUUCAAUUGCUCCAGAAGUAUUUUUUUCAUAUACCAGCAUCUUUUCAUCCCAAAUGUAAAGACUUUUAAGACUCUGGAAAAACUAGAUCUCAAUUUGUCCCCAUCUUUAGUAAAAUAAGUCCACUGUAGGAAGUGUGGAGUAACAUAGCAACAAGAAACUAAAUUACUUAACAGCUUAAUUUAUGCAAAUAGCUAUGAACAUAUAUGGAAAUAUUUGUAUGUAAUUACGUCCUUCUACUUUCCUUAAUACAGCUCGAAGAAAUAUUUAUAGUUUUCCCAACCACUCAAUUUAAUCAACAUAACAGCCUUGUGUUAUAUGUUAGACUGGCAGAUGGUUACCCAGUAAGCUUCAAGGCUGAGCUGGGAAAUGAAACGUUGGGAUGGGUGUUGGCAGUUGGACUGAUGCCUUUGCACUUACCUCCUGUAAUCCAGAAAAGAAUACCUUGAAUAGAUCCAUACCAAAAUUAUUUUUUGUUUUAUUUUCAAUUUUCAAUUGCCAAAAAAUUGCAGAUUAGCUUUAAAGUUGCUUGAUUUCAGACACCACCCAUAGUUAUCAAUUUUAUGGGUUGCCUUCAGGAAAAUAGGUUCUUCAGCUUUCAUUGAGACAGCUCUGGGCAAGAGAUAAGGCUGCUUGUAAAUCUCUGGACAGGUAGAGAGCCUUCUAACUGGCUGUUCAAAGGUUAAUCAAAUUAAGUGUAGCAAUUUGAAAAUAUAUUAAAUUUCUAACCCAAAAAUAUGUAUCCUGUCUGCAAGGAACUGAGGUUGCUGCUUCUUGAGUCUCAGAUUUUGGCCCAAAAAUCUUGGGGCUUGAGCAACAUGGUAUAGAGUUUUGAGCAUUGGACUAUGACUCUGGGGACCAGGGUUCAAAUCCCUGCUCAGCCAUGGAAACCUAUUAGAUCACCUUGGGCAUGUCAUGCUUAAAGAGAGAAGGAAUUUCAGCCCCCCUAGAUCUGCCUUGAGAUCCCAGUAAAUAGACCUUCAAUAAGGUUCACUCUCGCAUCUGUGGAAAACAUAGUAUACCUACAGUGAUUCAGAACUAUCUCUUCCCAAUCCAACACUCCUAUCCAUGAUUCACAAAAUUUGGCAAUUAAUAACAAUUAUUUAAUGAUGCUUAAGUUUUAUUUGUCCUUUAUGACACUAAAUAUUUAGUCUAUCUCACCUUACCUUUGAAAUUUGAAAGCUUUUAAUUUAGUUGCUGUGGUGAGAGAGUGGUAAAAAAUGGAUUAGAGGAGAGCCUAAACAAAUCCCUCUUGGCUACUUAAUGAUUUCAUCUUUAAAGCAAAGAUUAAGUAACUGAGAAUCUCCAAGGAAAUAGCACAAUUUCUCAUAGUUUCCCUUGUUAUUGUAAACCUACUUGACACUGUGCAUUCCCAUCAUGCCAUUUCCCCCUUUUUGGAGUUUGCUUUCUUGGAUGUGAAUGUGAAUCUUCUUUUUUUCCUUAAAAAGUGCCUUUGAGCUUUGCAUUUGUCACCUGAUGCUCAACUGUUUAGCAGGUUGAUGAACACAAUUACUUGUUUCAGCUUUCUUCCUGAGCACGGCACUGGAACAGAGGACAUUAUCCUUGACAGCAAUAACAAAUCCUACCUCUCUUUUUUUCAGAAUCAAGUGAAGGAUUCUGGAUUUAUUUUAGGUUUUUACAUGGGACUACUAAAUCGUAUACAUGCUUAAACAUUCCCAAAGCAGAUUUACUGAAAUUACUGUAUAUACUCAUUUAUAAGUUCAAAGCUUUUAGUAAAAAAAAUGACCCCAAAAACUGAAUUAACCUAUCUAUGGGUCAAUUCAAGCACUGUACCUUAAGUCUAAUAAAAAGGAACCAUCCACUUCUCUGAGUAAAGUGAUGAAAGGCAAGCACGUCAUCUGUCCAAAGGAACAUUUAAAAGAAACACCACCACCCCUUCUUUCUCUCUGUGGCACCAUUUCUGGCCAUUCUGAAAGCCUUGGCAGGAAAAUGGUGGUGGUGGUGGUGGUGGUUCUUUGGCAUUUCACCUCAAAGGAGUGCUGAGAGGGUAGAGGUGAUCGGUGCUUUUUAAAGGUCCCCAUGAGACAGAUGAAGCUCUUACUUUUCACCACUCUACUCAGAGAAGGAGUGGUUCCCUUUUUUAAUAUAAGUUAACAUUUGACUCUUAUGGGAAAAAAAACCUUUCCCUUCUCUGAGUAGAGUAGCAAAAGACCUUUUUGACCACCUGGGCAAGAAAAUGGUGGUGGUGGCAACAGUCAUGGGUUGCUGACCCCCUGAGACAGCGCAAGUGCUUGACCCUCUCACCAGAAUGACCCUAAGCUGAUCUACAAGCCAUAUAAAAUCUAUAAUUUUGGUUCCAUUGGUGGCCCCCCAACUUAUACAUGAGGUCAAUUUUUACAUGAGUAUAUACAAGAGUAAGAUAGUCAUUACCAACUUAAAUCCAAUUUAUUACAGUGAUCCUACUGUACUUGUUGAUAAGUUUGGAUCCAAUCCAGUGUUCUUUUCCUCACUAUGCGAACAAGAAAAAGUCACAUUGUUUAGUUAUUUGUCAUCCUUAGUUAUACCCAUGGAGGGAAGCACAAGGUUCCCAGAAAAGAAGUAUAAAGAAAUAGGUAGAAUUCUUCUCCAGCCUCUUGCAAAAGGAAAAUGCACCAUGUUAUUCUCUGAAUGGCAGCCAUUCUCCACAAGACCUUGGAAGCGCUUGGAAAUAUACCAGAACUCCAAGAAAUAUUUACCUUCCAUGUCCACCAACCAUGGUGGCUAGAAAUUCUGGGAGGUUAGGUAUAUUUUUGUCUAGCAACAUUAUAAAGUUCUAGACCAGGCAUCCUCAAACUACAGUGCUCCAGCUGUUUUGGCCUCCAAUUUCCAAAAACCCUAGCCAAGCUUGUUCAAUGGUCAGGAAUCCUGGGUGUUGGAAGCCCAAACACCUGGAGGACCGCAGGUUGAGGAUGCCUGUUCUAAACAUUGGCCAGAAUCCUACUGGGUAGUCCUAACUACAGUAGAUUCACUGAAUCAAUUAAAUUGUGAGUAUACUUAUAGGGCAUCCCAUUAGAUUUAAUGGAUCUGCUCUUGUUAGGAUUAGCAAUUGGUUUCAGAUCAUUAUCUUCUGUCCUUCCCAAUUUAUGUCCUUUACAAUAAACCCUGAAGGAAUUGCAUUCAGGAACCAUUGGCAAGCCCAAAUGACUCUACUUUCCUCUGCAAUGCAUCUCAAAAUGGAAACAGGAAGUGAUUGUUACUAUUUUUAGAAGGACUGUGAAGGAAAGCAGGGGUAUUUGGAGAUAGUGUCCAGUUCUGGGGUGCUUGCAGUAGCUCUCUCACGUGUGCUUUCUCAUCUCUUUUUGAAGCAUCUGUAUUGCUUGGGGCCAAAAAAAGUCUGAAAUGGGUCUGCUCUUGUUAGAAUUAGCAAUUGGUCUGUUGAUUUUUUUUUUUCAAACGGGGUUGAGUGAUUGAUGAGCAGCUUCAUCGGCCACACAAAGGGGCCACUCAAAACCUAGUCUACAUGUUGUUCACCCCCACAGGCCUUACAUAAAUGUGGCAGGUGUAUUGUGGUAGAACCAUGGUGAAGCUUGAAAGGCAACCAUGCUUGAUGGGCUUGCUGUAAACAGCACCUACUAUUUGAAUGGUGUCCAGAUCAGGAGCACUGCGGCUGUGUAACAGCUGUCAAUGAAAUUCAACCUACAUUGGCUGGUAAUACAGGUGACAUAUCUAUAAUAUUAAAGUAAUCGUAUAAAUAAAUUUACAAGUAACACAUUCAGCACCAGUUAUGCAGACUCAGUGUUCUGUAGCAAUUAAAAAGUGUUGGGUUGGGACUUGAGAAAUCCAAAUCCUAGCCCCCACAGAGCCAAGAAACCCACUGAGUGAUCUCAAGCCAGUUUCUCUCUUUUAGCCUGAGCUAGGGCGGUUCUACGCAAACACAUAUUGCAGGUAGGAACCAGCAUCAAAAAUGCAGUUUUCAGCCUGCAUUGUGAUCCAACAGGGGCAUCCUGAGCAACCUCUAUGACAGGAGAGCAUCCACACUGCCCAGUCACACCCAAACAGAUUCUGCGCUGCUUGGCAAGGGCCCAAAUGCACCCACUUUCCCACAACUGCUAAAUAGAAGGAGUACACAGGAGUUUACCUGCUGCUGGUCUGUAGCUCUUCUGGUUCCAUGCCAUAUGAAUAGCAAAGGAGCUUGGGAGGAGGAAGGGGUUCACAUUAUUAAAGAUGAUGAACUUUUCAGAAUUAAGAGAUGUCAACACAGCUGAAUAUAUAGGAAUUGAAGGUUAGAUUUUUAAGAGAGAAACAUUAGAGAUGUAAUUUUCUUUUUGAAAAAAUGCAAAAAGAAAAAAGUCUGAACACAUGGAGGAAACGGAAAAAGGGAAAGACUUUCAACUUCUCUGGCAUUUUUUAAUCUCAGUAUGAGAGUGAGAAGGCCAGCGUGCAUUUGUCAUGUUCAUUGAAUUUUGUGCAUUUUAACAAUUUUUGCAAAAAGAAAGCAUCCUGUUUUUCAUGAAAAAAAAUCCAUGUAAAAAAAUCUUUUACUAAAUUAUCCCAGAAUUUGAAAAAUCAUCAAAAUUUACAAAAUUUACUCAAUAAUAAUAAUUAAUAAUAAAUUCAUGAAAUGCAUGCAAAAAAUAAAUAAUUGAUUACUGCUGGUUACAAUGCUUUGUUACUAAAUUGAACCUGAUAGUUUUGAUUUCUUCCCCAUGCAAACAACUUUAGUCUCAAAUUAUUUCCUAACUCAACUGAAGAAAUUUGUAAUUAAUUCUUAUCAGAAAAGAAAUACUCACCCAUUCCUUUUUGGGAAUGGACAUUCACUGAUAUCUCUUUUUUUGAUAGCCAGUAAGAGGCAAUGUGGGUACUUACAUUGCUCAAGUAAAAAAGAGAUGUGGGUGUAUUGUAAUGUGAUGCAUUAUGAAAUCUUACAUGUAGAAAAGACCAGUUCCAAAUGUGUCCUGCUAUGUGUCUCAUGUAUUCCCUAUUUGACCAAAUGUUGAAAUAAUAGAAGCAGAAAGAUUUGACAUGGAGAAUCCAGAUUUUUACCCAACCCCACCAAGGGGAACAUCCUUACAGAGGGAGGGCAAAAAGUUGUCCCAUAAUAUAUUUUGGAAGGAUACAGGAUGCCUGGAUAUUACAGACUGUUCCAUCUCAUCUUUACAGUUGUACCCCAAAGAUAACCAUCCUGUUCUGAACUAAAGGGACUACCAAGGUCAUUAAUAAAUGAACUUUGAACAAUUUAUCUUUUAACUACUGGUGCCAUAUUAAGGAGGACAGUAUUGAGCUGGAGAUGAAUUAAUCCAUCUGUAAAUACCUAUUGGUGGUGUGUUUCAACAUGACCAAACCAUUACUUGGCUAUGUACAGAUAUAAUACAAUACCUGUAAUAUUGUUGAACUUGAGUUACAGUGUAAAUAAAGCUACAAUGAAUGUCUGAUUACUCUUCAAACUAUGUAUAAGGAAGGGUUACAAUCCUUCUUGAGAUCUUGAGUUCUUUUUUAUCCUGUUUCUCUACAAAGAUCAGAGAUUUUGACUUAAAACUUGCUGUAAGAACAAUAGAGCAAGUUUAUUUGUAAAGGAUGAGUUGGCACACACAGCAAAUGAAAUCCUAAAGGGUAUGAAAAAUCUUCAUUAUAAUAAGAUUUCCAGGUACUUGCUACUGUCUUGAUAAUGCCGUACAUUUGAUCUCAGAUAUAAGAUAAGCACAAAUUUUAUGGUUGACUUCAUAAAGCCAAACCACAGUAAUAUACAUAUAUACAUAUAUAUAUAUAAAAUAUAUAUUAUAGAUAUAUAUUUAUAUAAUCUGUAAAGAUAUACAUAUUAUUUACACAAUAUUCAUAUAGGGAGAGUGAAGCAUGAUGGAAAAGGAGACCUCUGAGACUCUGUACCUAAAGCUGCCAUCCAUCAUAGGUGGAGAAAAAGUUAAUGGUACUCAGAAGAAAGUGACACUACAAAAUGUUAUGCUAGAUGUGGGGAGCAGUAACCCAUGAGCUCCAACACAAAGGCUUCAUGUAGGGCUGAAUUCAAGAGAAUUUGAAAUAUUUUCAAGACACAACUAAAAAAAAUAGCCUACAUGUAAUAUAUAUGUAUGUACCUCUGCCAAGUUGUAUUCCUAGUUUGAGCAUUGCAUUAAGAAGCAACAUAUACUAACAACUAAUAAAAAUGUUUUUGUAUGUGUUA